AUGAUGGAGAAUAUUGAAGUUAUUUGUGAACAGCUUGUUACGAGCUUCAACCAAGAGCAUGAUGACCCUUUGGCUAUUGUUAUUGACAUUGAUAUGUAUGCAGAAGAGGUCAAUGAAUAUGGAAGUAUUCUUGAUAAGGAGGUUUAUUUGAAAGAAUUGUUAAAGCAGCUGCAAGAACACCAUGAUAUUGUUGGAAAAAUUGGUUGGGACCUUCCAGAAGUUUUAUUGAAAUUUUAUGUUCCCAAAAAUAUUGAUGUUCGUAAAAGUCUUCAUAGCAGUGAUAUUAUUAUCACUGUCAUGAAAUGUUUCAAUGAGAUUGCAUUGGCUGGUAAUCCAAAGGAAUGUUUACUGACUGGUUGUGAAUUGUUGUCAAAAUUAAGUAUUUUAGAAUUUAAGAAAAUUGAGGAUAAAGCAAAGGGUACUAACAAUGAUGAUAAGGGUGGUAGUAAUGAUACUACUAGCAGAGAAAAUUUGGUUACGGUUACUGAGGAUGGUGAAUAUUUGUUCCAUAGAACUCAAACUGAUUUCUUUUUUGGCUUGUAUUUGCACGUUAUAUUUGAAUUAAUUGUCACUACCUUAAGACGUAUUAGUACAUUAUAUCCUUCAAAGUAUUUAGGGAUGGCAACAGCUGCAAUUAUGAAAUGUGUUAGAAACAAUAUUGAUUAUAUGGAUGACUGUAAUUUGAUCUUGCGUCGUAUUUAUACCUUCUGUAGAGGUUAUCUUCCAGCUGAAAUACCAAGAGACUUAUUAGAGAGUGAAAAAAUUUCUAAUGAUGAUUUGAAACGAAUUUCUGAAAAGGAAUUAGAUACUCAAGGGAAACUGCUACAAGUUUUCUCGACUUUUGGUAUUGAUAUAUGUUUAAGAAAUUUCAAUACUAAGAUUGAUGUUAAGUUUUUUUAUGAUUUAGCCAGAAAAGCAAUGGUUAUUUCUCAAUAUGAAAAUAAUGUGUAUGAAUUGAUUUCGAGAUAUUACCAAUUGGCUCAGGCUUUUGAUAUAAACCUGGAGGACGAACUAUUGAAAUUUAUUAAGGACUCUAGGAAAAUUUAUUCUUCUUUACCAAAGGAUUCAGAAAUUACAAGUGAUGAAGCCAGAGUUUUGAUUUCUCAAGCUGUAUAUAAGUUAUCUUAUACAUAUUCAUUACAAAAGAUAACAAAGCAAACCAAGUUUACGUUGGAUCAACAAGGUAUCUUCAUUUUAUCCGGUUUCCAUUAUUUCGAAACUUGUAAACAUUUAUUGCCUGAGUUAGACAUUAAAGAUGCAAUUUAUAUGUAUUUACGUGUUACUACUCCAACCUUAUAUGCAGAUGUCUACAGGAAUAAUUCAUCAGAGAAUAUUGCUCGUUAUUGGUUGUGGGUAUCUAUUAUUAAUUCCUCGAUUGAGAAGGCUAGAAGUAACUUGAAGGAAUUGCCAUCUUAUGUUUUUAGUGUAUUCUUCGAAGUUUUGCUAACUAGAAAUCUAGCAGAGCAUAAUGAAGAAACAAGAUUAUCAUCAUUUACAUUAUUGACUAGAUUAUUAUGUUUAGCACCAGAAGAUGUUGCAUUUGAUGUAAUUAUGCAAGUUUUAGAGGAAAAACGUAAUUUGCCUGCAAAAUCAUGUGUAUUGGGUAUUAUGAAAGAUCUUACAACUAGAACACGCCAAUGUUUCGAUGAUUUUGAGAAAGAAGAAUGCUCAAUUGCUAACAAAAUGAAAGAAAUGAACAUUGAAGAUAAAAGUACAACAUCGUUAAUGAGACCAUAUUUGGUAUUGGAUGAUCACAAAAUGAAUGCUAUUCAUAAAAUAUCAUUGAACUAUAUCGUGAAUUUUAAUUUGUCUGAGUAUAAUGAAUCUGCAUUAUUGCUGAUGUUAAAUUUCAUUAAAUUUUUUAACGCUGUUAAUGAGCAAUGGGAUAAUAAGUUAUUAAUUGAGGUACAAGAAAAGAUCGAUGCAAAGUUCAAUGAAAAGAGAAAUUACAAUGACAAAGGUGAAGUCAAGCUAAUUCUAGAGGCUAAUAAGAAAUUAGGGGACUAUUUGAAAUAG